AUGGAGACCGUAGAGCCAGUGCUUCAAGAACCGUGGACAGAGGGCGUCCCGGGAUGCCUAGUUAAGGGACUAGAAGACGAGGCGGAUGUAGUCAUUCGACGACUACGAUCGAAAGCAGGCAGGGAGGAGAGAUGCACAUUCUAUACUGACGCAGCACGGAAGAGCGGCGAGAGUGGCAUUGCAGUAGUGCAAGGGAACACUGGAAAGACUAUCACCCAAAAGCGACUUCCUAGAUGGGCAGCAGGCGACUCGACGGUUGCAGAACUUAUAGCCAUCGAGGCAGCGCUAGCAUAUCAAACAAGGAGAAGGCCACGCCCGAUAAAGACGAUCAUCGCGACAGAUAGCAAGCAAGCUAUCCGACAUAUCACGGAGGGGGCAAGCCCACACGGACAAUACGUGGUACGAUACAUCCGUAAGCACAUCGAUGCUCUUCAGGCCUGGGAAGGGGCAAUGGUCACCUUACAGUGGAUACCGGCCCAUAAGGGGUGGUACGGCAACGAGUGGGCAGACAAGAAGGCGAAAAAGGCACUAGAGGAGGGACGGGGAGAGGGGGAAGGCCCUGCUACGCAACCCGCAGGUCCUACUAACCCCUAG